AUGGCUGAGUCCGGGCACCUACACCUGCCUCGACGCUGGGACGAGCUCCCGGACGAGAUCCUGCUCCAGAUCUUGUGCUAUCUCGAACCUCACUACCUGCCCAGACUGCAGCUUGUCUCCCGUAAGCUCCGCGAUGUUUGCCUCGACCAUGAGCUCUGGAAGCGCCAUUGUUUCGACCGCUCCUCGUGGUACCACUUCCUGCAGAACCGCCGUCGCUUCUAUGCCGUGUCCGUCGAAGCCAGCUCGGGCCCACGCGACCAGCAAACCCUCCAAGCUGAAACCAAAGUCUCCGCGGAACCAGUCUAUGGCCUCCCAUCUCCAAUUGAAGACGAGCCGCCUCGGCGGAAUCGGGAGCACAUGCAAUUCUUACAGGACCUGGCCAACUGGGAUCCAGCUUUCCCCGACGAACGUGUCUCGUGGUACGAUGAGUAUAUCCAGCGCCAUGGACCGACGUGCGUCAACUGGCUUGAGGCCCCGCGUGUAAAAGAUGGAGGAUUGAGGCAUCCUGUAGAAGUCCGCGGAAUGGCCCUCUACAGCCCGAACAAUGGGGACGACGGUGUUGGCUCUCUUCUGGCGAUCUCUCCACUGGACGACGGGUCGGUAUGCCUGUGGGACGUGAAUGGCAGCAGGGGGAAGCGAGGAGGAAUCGUCGCAACCAGCCAACCAGGUAUCCUGUUUACCGACUCGAGGGGGAAUGACAACAACCGGCGGUCUAAGAGGAUUGAUACGGGAGUGACAGAGUGUGUCAGUGUGAACAACAGUGGGCACCGUGCAUUCUUUGCCGUUCAAAGCCACCUCCUCGAAGUCGAUCUCAAUCGGCUCGAAGUUGUCAGCCGCGAGUCAUUUGAAUGGUCCAUCACCACUCUUUCCCAUAUUCACGACGGUGUGCCAUUGACUGUGGGUACAUCAUUGGGGAUCCAUCUGCAUGAUUUCAGGGCGCGGGCAAAUGUGAAUCACGAAGUUAUAGACCGGGUUGAUGGGCCUGGAUGGAACGAGGACAGCCCUUUCAAGGCGAUAUUCGACCCAAAACCACUGCCGCCGUACGCCUCGCUGUCUCAACCGACGCCGAUCAGCAUUCUCCACCUACCUCGCGCGGGCGACGAGAAGAUGGUGUCGGACGACAUUUACGUGGCGGGGCGAUUCUCGAAUAUCCUGCACUACGAUCGACGAAAGUUCCCGAAAAUCAUGGGCUCCAUCUACUCGGGAUCGAGGCUGUCGAGUCUUGCGGCGCUGCCUUAUCCAUUUUCUACCGUAGAUUACGAGGUGCGGCGUCGUGGAGAGCUUUCAGCCGAGAGAGUUGCGCAGUGCAAGACAAUUGGGGAUGGCCGUACGCUUAUUGCGGGCGGGGAGUACAAGACGAAGGGAUCUCUGGAACUUUACGGGCUAAGCUCAGCCAUCCAUUCGGAUGGCAGCGCGGUGCUACAAAACUCGACUAUGAAGAACCGAUACAAGGCGGCGUCAUCGAUCAUCCUGUCGGUAGCUAACCACGGAACUAAAAUUGCGUUUUCCGACGGGGCAGGGCUCAUCAAGUGGUUCGAGAGGGACGGGCACACGGAGUGUCGACGGAUGAGAAUUGGACACAGCGACGUGCAGACGCAACCGUCCUUGUUUGCGUCAAUGCCUGGGUCCGAUGAUUUGGCUCGCAAGAUCGUGUCAACAAAGUCGAAGCAAGGCCGCGAGCGACCCAACGAGGACAACAUCAUGUUCUGGACAGGGGAGAAGCUAGGAAUGAUCAGCUUCACGGGAGAUCCACUCUUCACGCCAGACGAUUUUGAGGACGCAAACCCCGAGGCGACGACAGACCAGGAGCGACACCAGUACAGCGAGAAGAUGCGGGAGGUGCUGGGGCGACAGGCUGACGAAGCGCGGUUCGUUAGAGGACUCGGAAUGGACACGACGCCGGGAUGA